AUGGACGCAACUCUGGUCGCAAAGCUUCUUUCCAUCCCUUGUGGGUUUCUACUUGGCAGCUACAACGCAGUCUUGUCACAGAAUGUAAUGCCACAUCUUUACAAGCAACCAGCAUCGGUAGUGGCUUCCAUCUUCGCCAAAAUCUACAAGAUCGGUUCGACUACCAUCGCGCCGCUGGCGACCACAGCUAUCCUUGCAUAUAGCUAUUUGGCAUACUCAAGCACACACCACAAGAGGCAACAAUAUGGCAUAGCUGCAGUCUUGACCUUGGCCACGCUACCUAUGACUCAGAUAGUCAUGAUGCCGAGCAUCUCUCGCCUCUUGGAGAUCAGUAGUAAUGGAGAUCUGCAGAAAACAGCGGGCCUUGACCAGGAAGUCGUGAGGUUGCUGAAGACUUGGGUUGCACAGAACUACUUCCGGGCUACUCUGCAUCUGUCUGCUGGGUUCGUUGGCCUCUAUGCUGGGCUGACAUAG